GCCGUGAUGAGAAAGUUUUGGUGUUUUUAUCGUGUGGCGCCCGAGGUUGAGGAGGCGGCCGCGAACAGGACUUUGCGGGCGACUUGUGAGAGGUUGACACCGCAGGUGUGGUACAACCAAAGGAUCACGUCCGCGGGUCACUUCUGGGCAGAGAGAGGCGAGAGGGUCCAUAAGCCGGACAUUGUCGGUAAGAAUGCUAAGGCCGAGUACGAGAUGACGGUGGAGGACUACAUGUCGGUUAUCCCCGAUUGGGCCGAGCCGCAUGCCGAGGCAUGGGAGGAGAUGGUUAGGACGAGGUGGCUCAAGAUGGACGAGGACUUUGCAGCCGUGGCGAGGCGGAACACGGAGAACCGAGGCGACGGUGGCACACACCGUGGGGGAAACCUCAGCUACGAGCGCUACAAGGGGAAGACGGUAUGUAUACAUUUUAUUUUCCUUCAGGUUCAAAGUUGGUACUCACAACAUUUCCUUUCGCGAUGCAGAGGGCCGCGUUAGGACCCGAGGAGGAGAUGUCUGACCUCGAGAUAUACAACA